AAAUGGCUCCUCCUCCCUGAAGCUCAGACUCAUCCAGCUGAAACACUGACGGUCUGAUUUCCUGCAACAAUCAGUCCCUCUGUUUCUAAUUGGCUGAGGUGGCGCCCCCCGCCCCCCUCCCCUCUUCCUCUUCCUCCUCCUCCUCUCCGGGUUAUUGUCACUGACAGUCGGAUUAUUCCUCAGCAGCAGCAGCAGCAGCAGCCUCUUCCUCCUCUUCCUCUUCCUCUGCUCUCCGGCGGACAUGCGGACUCUCGGGGCGGAUCUAUGAUUCCCGCAGCAUCGCGGCUUCUCUGCACGGGUUCUGAUCCAGAGAUGUUGCCACGCCUUCACACCUGAUCCGUCAGAUUGAACAAGAAACGGGAUAAAAACGAUACUUCCCCUUCCACCAGUCUGACCAGUCUGACCAGUCCAGUUCCAUCAUCCAGACCUGGAACCCAGCCGUUGUUUUUCCGGGGCUUUCCAUUGUUCCUCAGCGGGUUCUUCAGAGGUUCCCCGUGGUGUUCUGCUCAGCUCCUCUCGCCUUGGCGCCUUGAACCUUCAUGCGUUUCUUAGCGGCAGACUCCGCCCACCACGCCGCCGCCGCCUGGACCAUGAGCUGUGAACAGGAGUUUGGAGACGGGGCCAUGGCGGUCACGCUCACGCUUCGCCUCCUCAUGCACGGAAAGGAAGUUGGGAGUAUUAUUGGAAAGAAAGGAGAAACCGUGAAGAGAAUACGAGAAGAGAGCGGCGCCAGGAUCAACAUCUCUGAGGGUUCCUGUCCGGAGAGGAUCAUCACCAUCACCGGUCCGACAGACUGCGUGUUCCGAGCUUUCACCAUGAUCACCUUCAAACUGGAGGAGGACCUGGCGGCGCUGGUAGCUAACGGCACGGUGACCAGCAAACCUCCGGUCACGCUGCGGCUCGUCAUCCCGGCCAGCCAGUGCGGCUCGCUCAUCGGCAAAGGAGGGUCAAAGAUCAAGGAGAUCAGAGAGACAACAGGUGCGCAGGUUCAGGUGGCCGGCGACCUUCUCCCCAACUCCACGGAGAGAGAGGUGACGAUAUCCGGAGGGCAGGACGCCAUCAUCCAGUGUGUGAAGCUGAUCUGCACGGUAAUCCUGGAGUCUCCACCGAAAGGAGCAACCAUUCCAUACCGGCCUAGUCCAAGUCCAGGAACGGUGCUGCUGGCAGGAAACCAGGUGUUCGAGGCCUCGGACUUUGGAUCUCACCCGCUGUUCUCCGUGGCUCAGGGCGGAUUGGACCUGCAGCAGACGUACGCGGUUCAGAGCCACUACGGCAUUCCACAUUCAGAGUUAGUGAAGCUGCAGCAGCUGUCCAUGCAGCAUCAGGGCCUGGCGUCCAUCAGCCAGGCGGCCACCGUCCUGUCCGGAGCGGUGGAAGCGAAUUCCCAAACCACGUCUCAGGAGCUCCUCAUUCCGAACGAUCUGAUUGGAUCAAUCAUCGGUCGCCAGGGAACCAAAAUAAACGAAAUCCGGCAGGUGUCUGGGGCUCAGAUCAAGAUCGGCAGUCAGAUCGACAGCAGCAGCGACCGCCAUGUGACCAUCACCGGCACGCCGAUCGCCAUCAACCUGGCUCAGUAUUUAAUCACCUCAUGUUUAGAGACCGCCAAAUCCACCGCCCAGUCCUCCUCCAUGUCGUCUCCCGUUGACCUGACCAUGAGCUUCACCCAGCCCGCCCCCCCCGCCUCCGCCUCGUCCUCCUCCCCUUCCCCCCUGGCAGCGAUGGGUGCUGCACUGCCCCACGCUCCGAUCCUGGGCGCCCCCUACGCCCUUCCCCUCUCCAGCCUCCUGGGAGUGAAAUCCAUCCCCUACCUGGCACUGUCCACCCCUCCCGCCUCCGCAGCAGCAGCAGCGGCGGCGGCCGCCAUCGGUGCGCCGGUGCUUCCGAGCUCGGUGCAGACGGCGGCGGUUCCCGUCCCGGCUCACGCGGCGGCCGCGCUGGCGUCCUACACGGCCAAGAUCUCAUCGUCCGCCAACGGGAUGAAGAAGCCGGAGAGACAGAAGUUUUCUCCGUACUGAUGAAGGAGGACGGCCGUCUCUGCGGUGGCUUCUGGGCUGCUCUUCAAACUGCCAGGGCCUCUGAACUCUGUCACUUCCUGUUUCCAUCUCUCUCUCUUCCCCUCCUGACUGCUAGCAAAGAUCACUGUGGGAUUAUUGGAAACAUGCAUGAUUUAUCUAAAAUAAUACCGAUUCUGUGAAGCCAACAGUGAUCAGUGAAGGUGAAGCGAAACCGUUUGGUGGCGUUGAGUCCGGUUCCGCCGGAGCGUAGCAGAUUUAAAACGGUCGUCAUAGUUUCAGAGUUAAACCAGCUGAACCUGCUGAUCAUCUUCACUGAUGACAAGAAGGAUCCUUUAAAUCUGACAAUCACCAAGUAGCUGCAGCGGUUACCUCUCAGGGUCAACGAGUCCGUCCCCCGCCUCUCCGUGGUUCAUCCUGUAAAUACACAACACCACCCUGAUGUGCACCGUCACUGGAAAGAAACCAUUCAAAGUCCGACCAGUAUGAGGAAGAACCGGGUCAACAUUCUGCUCUCCACUUUUAGCAAAGUCCAGUUUUAAACGAGGCGCUGACCAUUAUUUGAUGCCGUUGCUUCAUCCUGGGUUUAAAUCCCAGCUGAUCCACGUCAAUCAGAGAUGGUAACGUUUCUUCAGAGGUCUGAGUGUCUGGGCAAAGGGCCCGGCAUGGUCGCUCCGAAGUCCAACUGUUUCUGGACGUUUCACGCGCACCCUUUACAGUCCACAGACCCACCGAGCCGAGCUCCUGUGAAACCCUCCCACUGCGCAGAUUUCAAGGCUUACAGCCGUAAACAGACAGGAAUGGAUGUUACCAGUUCUCAAGUUCAGAGGAGGAAAUAAUGAUUAACAAGAUGUAAAACCUCAUUUUAUUUUCCUUGUUACUGGGGAGAAAAUCAACAGAAACCAUCAGAGGGACGUUUUCCCGCCACAUCGGACCAGAACCGAGCAGCGGGAGUUCAGGGUUCUGGACUAACAGUUCCUCAAACUGUCCGUCCUGCUGGCUGAACAACCGGCUUCUGGAAGUUCAACAGAGCACAGACUUUUCCAGGGGUUGUGACAAGAAGAAGAAAAACAACGAAACGAUUUUUGUUACUGCGACGUUGAGAAUCGAUUCCGUCAGUUCGGCUCGACCGUGCAGAGCCUUUAACUCCUUCAUAAUCAUAAAACUGAUCGUCACGAGAUUCAAACUUUACCAAAAGCAUAAAGGGUUAAUCACAGUACCUUAUUGUCACCACAAGGUGGCAGAAGAGUACCAAACUUUCUCCAAACUGCAGGAAUAAAAGUAGCAAAGAAAGUUUCUGCCUUAAAACAGUUUGUUGAUGCUUGAAGCAAAUCCGCACCGCUUUCUGCCGGUUUGAACUUUUCCACUUACAAACACUUAAUUUAACCAGUAAAAUGUUAUUCUCUCUUUAGUUGGUCCAAUCAUAAAUGAGAUGAAUUACGUUUAAUAAGCCAGCAGCCAUGUUGGAGUUUGAGGUUGAGAAGCUUCAUGUUCUGGCUUCAGGCAGCGACUUCUGAGCAAAUCAACCGAUUUGAGUUCAGGUUUUGUACGGAAGGCAAAUCCUGUCCAUGUUUUUAUCGGCCGGCUCCACCCACUAUCGUUUGGCAGCCAUAUUGAAAACUGAAACUGGAGGAAGUUGUUUAAGGGGGCUACAUAAAAUCAAUAUGAAUUAUCAUCUUUUUAUUUGUUUUAUCAGCAGCUGUGGAUGCAAAAUGGUGGCUGAUCUGGGACUUCAACAGUCUGCUCCUUUAUUUCCUGUUUUCUACUGACAGCCAUCACAUAUUCAGCAUCCAUGUCAGAAUCUGCAUCGUUUCAUUUUCCAACAAUCCCACACAGUAGAGCUUCUCUCUGGUUUCUCCUUCCUGGUUGGUUUCAGCAGCUCAGAGUCCGGAGGCGGCGGCUGCCUGCAGCCUGUAAAAGCCAUAAAGACUUUCCAGCUCUCCUUCUGUCUGUCCUGCUCUGUGUCACACUGUAUACUCCUAUAUUUAUUAUUAACCGUUAUGAAAUAUUCCCUCAGAGUUUAUAUCACUGAUCACUAACACUGAGCUGACUUUGUAUACGACGUAAAUGUACUUCCUGCUUCGUGUCUCGUUGGGUUUUAUUGUAAAGAUUUUUUAAGUCCUUUUUCUUUUGAUUAAUUCAAGUUGAUUUAAAUUAUUUUUUAACUUAUUAAGAGAAGUAUUACAGCUAUGGGAUUAUAUGAAAUUCUGUUUCCAAUAUGACUGUAAAACUGUAUUAUGUUUUUUAAGUGUGUGAACCAAUUAACUUUUUCACUGUAACAUUGAUAAUUGUCUAAGUUUGUGUUUCCACUCGUUUCAUCCGACUGGAUAUCAGAACCGAACCCGAGAACGUUCUGAAAGCUUUCCUCUGAUUCUGGACAGAACUAGAACAAGUAGAACUACGGCAACACAGCGACCCAAAAUACUGAACAGCAAAUAGAUUCAUUAGCAGUUAUGAGGAUUAUUAUGGAUAAACAAUAAACAAAACACAAUAAAUGGAA